UUACUUCAGACCAACCUCUCAGCGACUGUCUAGGAAGGAUCACUACAUUAAGAGACGAACAGGGAGACUGAGCAGCUGCUAUCAUCUAGAACAGCACCUUGGAAAAAACUUUAAAGAAGAAACUUCUUAAUACCCUAUUCUGCUGAACCUUUUAGCCACAUUGAGAAUUGGUACACAAUUCUCAUCCUAUCUCGGAAACAAGAACAUUAAAGAAUGAAGUUCUACCAAUGUCCAGUCACCCACACCAUGCGCUUUGAGGGCUGCAAGCCAAAUGCCACUGGUCCAGUGUCAUGCACUCGUUCUCUGACUUCCAUCAAAUCUGUUCGCAAUGUUCACUUUCCAAAUGACAUAGUGUUUCAGGAUUAUGUCCGUCAAGGAGAGCUGGAGAGAAUUGCACGCUUCCUUACAACCAGAAGAGUGCGCCUGGACACCAUUUACCAUUCAGGCAUGGCAGCCAUUCAUGAGGCAGUCCUAUCUGGAAACCUGGAUUGUGUGAAGCUUCUGGUAAAAUUUGGGGCUGACAUCAUCCAGAGAGACGAGGACGGAUGGACUCCCCUCCAUAUGGCCUGUAGUGAUGGCUUUCCAGAGAUAGCUAAGUUCUUACUUUCCUUGGGUGCAGACACUGAGGCUGAAAAUGACUGUGGGGAGAAGCCUGCUGAUCUUAUUGACCCAGACUGCAAAGAGCUGCUUGAACUCUUUGGUGUCGGUGGUGACUGAAUUUGCAUCUCCUACCUGACACUGAAGAUCUUCUGAUUGCUCUCCUCUUUUGUGGUAGUUGUCACAUCAAGAGUAUGAUGCCAUGGAGUGGAACAGCCACUGUGUAUACAUUGGUGCUGUAGAUGAGACACCCUGACAGUGUGUCUCGCUAUAAUUGUCUGGUCCAUUUGGACCAAUGACAGUGAUUGGGAUGUGAGUUGCACUUGCCUCCGCAGGAACAAACUCUUCCAGUAAGACGAUGCAGUGUGUUCUUGCUCUAAGCUAAUGUGAAUCACAACAGAUUUUAUGUCAGUUUGUUAUAGUUAAUGCCUUCUAUUGUGAAACAUGAUUUUUUUAGUAGCAAAUCAAUGCUGUUGUGAGAGUUUGAUAAAUCACCUUGUUAUUGUGUCAUUUUUUUUAUCCAUAAACAUGUAAAACCUGC